AUGGGUCAAGAUGCUGCGAACAAGACUCGGAGGCCUAUUGGCCAGAAAGACUCAGAAAGAUGUAUGAAAGUGCUUACUCGAAUAUUUGGUUAUUCAAGCUAUAAGGGCAAGCAGAAGGAGAUCGUAGAAGCUGCAUACGGAGGUGCAGACGUUCUGGUGGUCGCACCGACUGGCAUGGGAAAGAGCCUGUGCUUUCAGGUGCCUGCUGUCGCUGACAAGCGUGGUCUUUCCGUCGUCGUUUCUCCUCUGCUUGCUUUAAUGCAGAAUCAACUUGAUAAUCUGCGGUCGAAGGGCGUAGAAGUCGCCGCGUUGUCCUCGCAAGUGGAUUAUUCAGAAAAAGAGGAGAUCCAGCGAGAAUUAAAACUUUAUGAUACUCACGUCAGGGUCCUCUAUGUUACACCUGAAAGACUCCGCACUGCAGAAUUCCUAGCUUUAUUAGACAUAAUUCACAAGAACCAUAAUCUGAACCGACUGGUGGUCGACGAGGCUCAUUGCAUCUCGGAAUGGGGCCACAACUUCCGGGGCGAUUAUCGUCUCAUUGGAAAGUUCCGUGAACGAUAUCCCGAUGUCCCAAUCAUGGCUCUAACGGCCACUGCCACAUCAAUAGUCCAAAAAGAUAUCAUACGAAGCCUGAAGAUGGAUGACAAUCACCUUUUCAUCGCUCUCCACCCUUUCAACCGCUCGAAUCUCUUCUAUGAAGUCCGGCACCUCUCAAAUCCCGAGCCGCUCAACCAGAUGGCGGACAUCUUCGAUUUCAUAACCACCCUUUACCGUCGGCGGGGCAAAACUUCAUCUGGGAUUAUCUAUUGUCGGCAUAAGAAGACAUGUGAAGAGCUUUCAGGCUACCUACGCGGCAAGGGUCUAAAUGCGAAGCCUUAUCAUAGCGGCUUGCCCAAUGCCACAUUGGAGAAGACUUUGAAGAGCUGGACUAUUGGGUCGUCUGAACCCGGUGGGGUGGAUUUGGUCGUUGCGACGAUCGCUUUUGGUCUAGGUAUUGAUAAAGGCGACGUUCGAUACGUCAUCCAUUAUGAUAUGCCUAAAAGCUUUGAGGGCUAUUACCAAGAAACAGGUCGGGCAGGUCGUGAUGGGCAUCCCUCGAAAUGCGUCCUGUAUUAUUCACGGGAGGAUGCAAUCCGAGUCAAGAGAUUCGUCAAAACCGAUCCUAAUCGACGUCGAGACAAGGAGGACGAUGAGCCUACACCUACUCAGAGGGCAUCUGGGAGCUUGGAUUCUCUGAUUCAGUUUGCAGAAAGUGCUACACUUUGUCGGCAUGUCUCAAUAUGCCGAUACUUCGGCGAACCCAUCGAUGAAAAGGACGAGGAGCUCGUCAAGGUGUACUGCGACAACAUGUGCGAUGUUUGCAAAUACCCUGACAAAGUCAAGGCGAAGAUCACCAAGCUCUCGACGAGGGAAGAUGCCGCCAACCAUGUUCCCUUCGCUAAGUCCAUCUAUGGACCACCGGUAGCCAAUGGUGCGGAAGGCCAGUCAUCAUCGAGAAAUACGCCGGGUCCAUACGAUCGACAGGGUCGCUAUGCGGAUCGUGGUUUACCUCCAAAGAGGCCAAGUUCCAACUCCGCAGAGGGCUCGUCAAAUCCAGCACCAGCAAAGAAGCUUAAGGUGGCGCUGGCUCCUAUGAUGGUUACGAAACCUUUCGGCUCUGCUGUUGGCCUCUCCAAACCUUUCAGACCACCUUCGUUCGUUGGAGCCUCCACUGCAAAGACGGACGUUGCUAUGCCUGCUGCUCCUCCGUCGGCUGGAUCGACACGAGUGGCAGCUGCUCCGAAAUCUCGGCCAGAACCGCCACGUCAACCAAGGCUACCAGCAACCGCUCAAAGAGCACCUCCCCAGGACUACAUAGAUGUGGACGAGGAAGAAUCUAUGCAGAUCGACCUACCCGAGGUUGACUUACCAUGGAAGAUUGAAGAAUCUUCAAAAGCAUCAAAAGCUGAUCGUAGAAAGGCUUUGGAUGGCUUGCGGGCCAGCUUCCAUAAAGUGCUCACGUCUCCUAUUAACCUUGACGAUUACUGGGAGAAGAUAACGAGCAGGUCGUUGACGGAUGACCAAAGGUACCAAGCCAUUUUCCAAGCCGCCGUCGAGCUCGAGCAGUCCGCCAUCCUUUAUUGUAGCACGUUGGAUGGUUACAACACUCGCAUCAGCAGCAUACGAGAUGAUAUUAGGGGAAUGUCGAAGCUUCAUCGAUGGGACAAAGAUGACGGCGAUUUUGAGGAAUCGCAGGAAAUUAUACAGAUUCUACGAGUGAAGGCGUUGCCGCCGUCUGCGAGGCCUGCUUCUCGGAAGGGCAAAGAGCGUGCUGGAUAG